GGCUGAGCUUGUGAUGCGUUUUGAGCGAAGUGUAACCACAGGAAGCCCAUGCCACACUUGUUAGAGCAGAGGGGAGGAGGAAGAUGCACACUUUUCGCGUCAGUCUCUCGGCAAGCGAGGGGAAGAGCUGAAUCGAGGGAGUUGUGUGUGUGCGCGCGGAGAGACGGAGUCCGAGUUACUUCUUCUAACCCCUCAAGCCUGACCAAGGAUCAUGUUCGUGUCCAAAGCUGUCAGCCGGCUGAGCCGCAAGCGACCACCUUCAGAAAUUCAUGAUAAUGAUGUGCGUGCAACUGAUAGCCAACAGAAUGCAACAGGAACCUCCAAGUGGGCUAUUUCAUUAGAAAAUCUCCUAGAAGAUCCAGAAGGAGUAAAACAUUUCCGGGAUUUUUUAAGGCGCGAAUUUAGUGAGGAAAAUGUUUUAUUCUGGUUGGCAUGUGAGGAGUUCAAGAAUAUUCAAGACAAACAGCUGGUAAAUGCUUUUCAUUUGGCUAUAUUGAUGGAUUCAUAG